AUGAUGAUUUUCUACAGAAUAUUUGUAACUGUCAGUUCAGUUCUGGCACUAUGCACUUUUGGAACAUCUCAAUCUUUAGAUGCCGAAUGUGCACUACAUCUAACUGGUCCAGGAAGAACCAGUUUUUUCGAUUUCAAUACUAACACAUUGAGGGGUGGUCCACUAGGUAUGGGUCAAUCAGGUCAAUGUAUCACUUAUGAAGCAGUCAACCAAGCAUACGUAGAUGCUAGAAAAAGAAUUAAUGUGGCACAAACAAAUACAGACAAGUGGACGGCUCAAGAGUUGGCAUCCGUCGGGGAACUAUUGUUGGACAUAUCCAUACAGUUGACUAAAAACUAUGGACUUUCGUACGAAGAAGUAGAAAAAGGAUUGCCUCAGAUAGACACGUCGAGGACUUUAAUCAGAGAGGUGUGUCCGGCUUUCUUAUCCAACGUCGAGUGCAGACCGGGCAAGUACAGGAGAUAUGACGGUCUGUGUAACAACGUCAAGCAUCCGACGUGGGGUGCUACCAAUACCCCCUUUUCCAGGCUGGUUGGACCACUGUUUUCCGACGGCAUGAGUGCGCCAAAAGUCAGCAGCCUCAACAACCGAGAUCUACCGAUAGCCAGAGUGGUUUCCAGGACAAUGCACCCCGACGAGGGAUACCACGAACACGCUGCUACCGUGUUGUUGGUCGCAUUUGGUCAGUUUAUGGACCACGAUUUCACACUUAUGGGAACGCCCGCCGACCCAAUUACUAAGAAUGAACCAGAAGAAUGCUGCAAUCGACCUCCACAUUUAAAACAUCCUUACUGCAACGAAAUACCUGUUCCUGAUGAUGAUUACUUCUACAGUAAAUUUAAUGUAAAAUGCAUCGAUUUUGUAAGAGCUUUUCCAUCUGUAAGACCAGGAUGUCGCUUAGGCUCAAGGGUACCGUUCAACACGUUGACAGGAGUAAUAGAUGCAAAUACAGUUUACAGUGUGACUGAAGAUUACGCUAGACAUUUAAGAACUGGUUAUGCUGGUUUACUUCGCAUGAACCCAGCGUUUAUGCAUCAUGGACUAAAAGAUUUGUUGCCUUUGAGACUUAAAGAUCCCGACGAAGGAUGUACUAGAUUAAACCGUUCGCAAUAUUGUUUUGAUGCCGGAGAAGUUCGAGUAAAUGAACAACUCGUACUUGCUACUAUGCAUAUUAUAUGGGCAAGAGAACAUAAUAGAAUAGCAAAAGAAUUCGGCAAAAUCAAUCCACAUUGGGAUGACGAAACUAUUUUCCAAGAAGCAAGACGGAUCGUUAUAGCAGAAAUUCAGCACAUAACUUAUAAUGAGUUUUUGCCAACAUUACUUGGGAAAGGAGUGAUGGAAAAAUUCGGACUGCUUUUACAAAAAGAAGGCUAUUGGGAUGGUUAUGACUCGAAUGUUAACCCCAACAUCCUCUCCGAAUUUUCAGCAGCAGCUCUCAGAAUUGGUCACACAUUUUUGCCCACUUCGAUUGAAAGAUGGAGCAGAGCUCACAAAUUCAUAGCUUCUAAAAAAUUGUCCGAUCUUAUCCGCCGUCCAUAUGAUUUGUAUAGAGCUGGAGUUCUUGAUGAGUACAUAAUGGGCUUGACUAAUCAAGUUGCUCAGGCUAUGGACGAUUCAGUAACGCAAGAGGUUACGAACCUGUUGCUGAAGAAACCGGGUAUGAGGUUUGGAGUGGACUUAGUAUCAUUUAAUAUCCAAAGAGGCAGAGAUUUUGGUUUACCCGGAUACAUGGAAUACAGGAAGUUUUGUGGCCUACCAGCGUCUGACUUAUUCCAAAGCUUAUCUGGAGACAUGCCUAACUCCACUAUUCACCGAUAUUCGACCAUAUACGAUUCUCCAGAAGAUGUAGAUUUAUGGUCUGGCGGUGUAUCCGAAAAACCAUUACCAGGAAGCAUGGCAGGUCCGGUAUUUUCGUGUAUUUUGGCUACCCAAUUUAGUUAUGCAAAAAGAGGUGAUCGUUUUUGGUACGAACUGCCAAAUCAACCAUCUUCGUUUACUCCAGAUCAAUUACAAGAAAUCCGAAAAACAAGAUUAGCUCGAGUGUUGUGUGAUAACACUGAUUUGAUCGACACUAUUCAACUGUGGCCAAUUGUACUUCCUGAUCAUGAAAUAAAUCCUCGAGUACCAUGUCGUAGCGGAAUUAUUCCAUCGUUAAACCUGAACAAAUGGGCCGAUUUCCCAACGACCUCGUGA